AUGUCACCCCGAGUCCUGUAUCUCGAGAACAUUGUCAACUGGGCCGUGCUAUACUCCUCGCUCAUACUAGCCACCUUGCUCUGGUGCACGGUUCUCAUUGUUUAUCGUAUUCUCAGAGUGGGUGGUAUUUCUGCAGGGAUGCGCGUGUAUCACAGAGUAGUAAAGAUGCUUGUAGAAUCCGCGUCUCUCUAUUCCGCCGUAAUAAUCGUUCUGCUAGUGUUCGAAGUUCAUAAUGACGUAGUCGGAGUUUACAUCGAGGAGUUCGCGAUUGCGAUGAGAGGAAUUAUGCCAACAAUUCUGGUCGGCCGAAUUGCAGCAGGGCAUGCGCGUCCAGACGACUCCUUGGACGAAACUACCACAACGUCGUCGCUUCGAUUCAGAAGUUGGCAGAGUGACAGCCUUGAAAUGAGUGCUGGAUCUGAAUCAGACACGUCUCAGCGUAUAAUGCCUGACCUGGAGAACGGCUUGGAAGACAGUGUGGAGAGUUAG